CUACCGCCAAUCUCACGAUGCACGAAAGCUCGUAGCUCAUGCUCACUUAGGACCCCAGCUGGCUGUUGAUCCUUUUUUUGCUUUUAUUCCCCAUUGGCGCCCGUUCGCCGCAUCCACUCCUUCAGUUCUCUCUCUGCGCCAUGAAGAAGCACUAGCGCUGCCUCACCCUACGCUAUCUGCAAUUAACCACACAUCAUGUCGUUGCUCAACGACUCACUCACGCGCCCGCGUAUGCCGUCGCCGUCCCCCAGCUUCGCUCGCAUGACGGCCGCUAUCAGCAUUCCCAGCUCUCGAGGCAGUCCGGCUUCCACGCCAUCCUACCUCAAUGGCUCACUCCAGUCGACACCGGAGGGCAUGGUGCCUAUGAUCUCGAGCUCGCUUCCAGCCGUGCCGUCCUACAGCCUUCCCGAAUCACUUUUGCCGCCACCAAUGUCAGCGGCACCCACGUCGUCCCCGUCUGCCAUGGCUGAGGCCCUUAGCAAAGGACCAGGGUUGAUUCGCCGGGUCAGCCGCGGUGCACAGGGCAUUCCCAAUAGGUUCCGUCGGAAUAAUUCGCAAGCACACCGAGACAGAAGUCAGGGACCAGUCAUUAUGCGCCGACGCAGUGACAGCAGGACUGCCGCCGACGGCGAGGCCUGCAUCUCUGACUUUGAUGCUUUUGAAGAGGAAGAGGCCAUCGACGACGCAUACGGCGAGCCCAUCAACGCGCUGGGCAUCUCAAGUAGCCAGCCCAGUGUCAGCUCAAUACCAGACUCCACCGUUGUAGCACCGGUGCGCAACUCUCGUCUCGAGCAGGGCACUGUCUUGAGGAAGGUCACAAAGAAAGAGAAGAAAGAGAUCAAUUUGCGCCUAGAUCUGGAAUCAGCAAAGGUUUUCUGGGAUCCUUCUCGGCCGUCCAAGUGCUUCUACAUCGACGAUGUCAGAGAGAUUCGUUCAGGUCUUGAGGCCAAGCAUUACCGCGAGGAAGUCGGCCUCUCAGAAGCCUGGGCACCCUAUUGGUUCACGAUCGUAUACACCGACACAUCACGAACAAAGGGCCGCAUAAGGACCAUGCACCUGAUAGCACCUGACAUUGGUGUGUUCAACAUGUGGACUACGACACUCGAGUCUGUAUCUCGCAAUCGGAUUGACAUGAUGGCGGGUUUGCUCGGUUUUGCAGACAAGAGUGCAAAGCUUGUUUGGCAGCGCGAGAUGAAGAAGCGACUCAAUGGUAUGGACGGUCCGGACUCUUUGGACUUCCCUAGCACUGUUGAGCUGUGCCGUAACCUACACAUCAACUGUACCGAGGCGACUUUACGCAUUUACUUCAACAAGGCCGAUACCCUGAACACCGGCAGGUUGAACCAAACACAGUUCCUGUACUUCGUAAGACGUCUGAAGGAACGCAAGGAUAUCAAACAGAUAUACAAGACGUUCCAGUCCGGAUCGAAAGUGGAAAUGGAUAAACUCGCUUUCUUUUCAUUCUUGAGAAAUGAGCAGGGUGUUGACGUGACCGAGGACUCGGAGUACUGGUCAAACACCUUUGAGAAGUUUGCACGUGUCACCAAGACUAAAGCGACCCCACUAGAAGGCGGCGAGAUCCCGCUGCCUCUGACGAUGAGCUUCCCUGCAUUCCAAACGUUCCUGACAUCGCCUGCGAACUCUGUCCUCAAGCCAGUCGAAAAGGGCCUACAGCUCGAUCGUCCCUUGAACGAGUACUUCAUCUCUUGUUCUCACAACACCUAUCUUCUUGGACGCCAAGUUGCUGGUGAAUCAAGCACUGAAGCAUACAUCACAGCGCUUCAGAAAGGCUGUCGGUGCAUCGAGAUCGACUGUUGGGAUGGUAGUGAUGGAAAGCCGGUAGUCAUGCACGGUCGCACUCUGACGUCGAGUAUAUCAUUCCACGACACUAUCAAGGUUGUCAACAAGUACGCGUUCGUCGAGUCCGAGUACCCCCUGAUUCUGUCGCUAGAAGUACAUUGUACCGCGGAUCAGCAGGCUUUAAUGGUCAAAACCAUGUGCGAGGAAUUUGGCGACAAGUUGGUUCUGCAACCGCUGGAUCUCAAUUCUCAGACUCUACCAUCGCCAGAAGAGCUGAAGAACAGGGUCUUGAUCAAGGUCAAGGCUGCAUCAGAAGAGCUGGACGCUAAAGCUUUGACCAACGAACUCACAACACGGCGCAGGGAACGCAGCUUCAGCUCUCCUUGGUCUCGACCUAUCCAGAUGAACGACAUGAUCAUCCCCAACUCACCUCUCAUCUCCAGCACGCCAUCAAUGAGUCCUCCGGAGCAUUCAGCCAUGUUCUGGACAUCUCCUCGCACCUCAACUACCUCAACAAACAACACUGUGCCCACCUCGGCCCUUGUCAGCUCAGCUGAAGAUAGCGACAGCCCGCAAGUAACCGCAGCAGAGGAACGCAAAAAGCCCAAGAAAACCAAGACUAGCAACAUCACAAGGCUUCUCGGUGAUCUUGGCGUAUACACAAAAGGGUACAAGUUUACCGACUUCACAACCAGCGAUGCCCAAUCGUACAAUCACAUCUUUUCCGUCAAUGAACGUGCGUUUGAGAAGAUGACAAAGCCUGGUUCGCGAGAAAAGCAUCUUCUGGAGGCACACAACAUGCGAUGUCUGAUGCGCGUCUACCCUCAUGCUUUCAGGAUCAACUCAUCCAACUUCGAUCCUUUGAAGUUCUGGAGGCGCGGGGUGCAGAUGGUCGCACUCAAUUGGCAAACAUACGAUCUCGGACAGCAGCUCAACGAGGCUAUGUUCGCAAGUGGCAACGAUCGUACAGGUUAUGUUCUGAAGCCUGCGGACUUGCGCUUGGAACAGACACCUACGCAGGGUCACAACAAAGCUCCAAAGAAGGAAGUCAAGUUUGCUGUCAAGAUCAUCUCCGCCCAGCAACUACCAAGGCCCCGUGGCCUGGCACAAGACGCCAACAUCAACCCUUAUGUCGAGUUUGAGAUGUACAGUGCCGAAGACAACGGAGCUAAUGCUGUCGGCGUUGGCGGGCAGGACGCUUCUGCACGCAACGGUCACUCAGGUAUCGGUAACCCACUACGGAAACGGACGCGCAUUGUCGAGGGCAACGGGUACAACCCGGUCUUUGAUAGUGAACUCCAAUUGACCGUUCGCACCCGCUUUCCCAGUCUAGUCUUUGUGCGCUGGACCGUCUGGAACUCACUCGACGCUCGCACUACCAACCAUGCUCCGCUAGCUACUUUCACAGCCAAACUCAACAGCAUCCAACAAGGUUACCGCCAUCUGCCACUGUUCGACAGUAAUGGUGAACAGUACCUAUUCUCGACUCUAUUCUGCCAGAUCAAGAAGCAGGAUAUCGUUGAUGCUCCAGAACAAGUCCUGGAGCGCACGGGCUCCCGCAGGUCUUCAAUCGAGCCGGCCAGUCCAUCAAUUGAAGCCAUAAAUGCCAACCCAAAACGCAACUUCGUCAGACGUCUGAUAAGCCGAGCUCCCAGCGAGCGCACCAGGCGCAAAGAGGAGCGAAUCACUAGCGAAUCUCGCGAGUCAGACCUGGACUUCAUAAGUCGCUCAAGCACGUUCGAGCGGUAACUAGCGCCUGUCAAAGUACCCCACCCAGCUGACGACGACAUCUACGACACCGCAGACCAUCGCCACGCGUCUUCACUGAAGGCGUCUGUUGCAUCGUACACCCCUCACUUGUACCAUCGUUUAUCAUGGAGUUUGCCGG